AUGAUCAGGGAGACGUUGAAGGAGUUGGAACAGGUGUCUUUACAAGCAUUAGCAGCAGCUGAACUGAACGAAAAACUUGUCGAAUCUUUGCAACGUCACAAGAAAAGCAGAACAUCUAUAUUGGAAUUGCGUAAGAACAAAACCGAUGAAUUGAAGUCUGCUGCCAGUGCAGCUAUGGCGGAGGUAAAGAAAGCCAAGCAAGAAGGUACUUCACUCCUACUUCCUCUAAGUUUUUCAGGCUGUUGA